AUGGAGACCAUCCUCUGCCUGCCCUACACAGAGCUGCAAGAUGAGAGGGGUCACUCUCCUGGGCAGUCCUCAGAGCCUGAGCUGGCCUCCAUGCAACCCCUGGGUGAUGAGAAGUGGCCCUGCCUGCUGAGCCAUGUCUCACGGAUAACUCGCAGACCUUGCGAAGAGCAGGACGAGAAGGCAAGGCCUUCCUGCAGCCUUGUGCUGCUCCCCUGUGGCCGCGUCGAGAGGCAUCACAGGCAGAUCCUGGUGGGUGAAAUCCUGAUGGGUGGUGAUGUUGCCUGUGGUGGGGACCCCCAUGUCUGGCAGUGUGACGAUGGCCGAUGUAUUUCCAGCAGCUGGCGUUGUGAUGGUGCUGCUGACUGCCUGGAUGGCUCUGAUGAGCAGGACUGUGUGUGUGGGGCAAAGAAGGUGCAGUGUCCCGGCACCCACCACUGCAUCCCGCACUGGGAGAUGUGUGAUCGGCACCAGGACUGCGAGGAUGGCUGGGAUGAGGAGGGGUGUCCCCUGCAGCCCUGUCUGCCUGGGCAGUGGCAGUGCAAGAACAGGGUUUGCAUCAUGGCUGAGUGGAAGUGCAACGGGAUUGAUGACUGUGGUGAUUCCUCGGACGAAGACGUCUGCGCCCCCUGCCCACCUGGCAUGGUGCGGUGUGACGAGGGGAAGUGUAUCCUGGAGUCCCUGAUGUGCAAUGAUGAAGAUGACUGCCUGGACGGCACUGACGAGCCCAGCACAUGUGGUCGGAGCUGCUUUGUACGCAACGGGGGCUGCACAGAGACGUGCACUGACACACACUGGGGAGUGCAGUGCUCCUGCGGGGCUGGCUGGGUGCUGCAGGCAGAUGGGCAGAGCUGUGCUGAUGUGGACGAGUGCUCCCUGGAGUACAGCCCAUGCAGCCAGCUGUGCAGCAACACCCCAGGCUCUUUCAGCUGCACCUGCCUCCAGGGCUACACCCUCUGGCACGGCACUACCUGUGAAGUGGCAGACAACGCGACUCAGAUUCUGGUGGCCGUGGGGCAAGACCUGGCCCUUCUGGAUGUGCGGACCCAAGCCUACCGGCCCCUGCUCUCCACCGAGACCCAGCCCCGUGCCCUGGUGUACGACCUGCUCCGAGAAACCUACUACUGGCUGACAGAGGAGGGCGAACUCCAUGCUCACGUCCCGGGCAAGGGCACGCAGCCCCUCUAUGCAGAUGCUGAGGAGGUGAACAGCAUCUCCGUGGACUGGUUCACAGGGCAGCUGUACUGGGCCAGCAGCCACCCCGCAGCCAUCUGCGCAGGGCUGGGUGAUGGUCGGGGCUAUGUGACAGUGCUGGGGAAGGACGUGGCACCAGAGCAGCUGACAGUACAUCCGGCUGCAAGGUCCCUGUAUUGGGUCAACCGUGGGCAGAGGGGCCGGACAGUCAUUGCUGCAGCUGGCAUGGAUGGCUCAGACCGGCAGGAGCUCACAGUGGUGUCCAUGGAGGAGCCUGUGGGGCUGAGCCUAGACCACGUGGCUGGCAGGUUGUACUGGAUCAGCGAGUACAAGGAGUCCAUCGAGACGCUGCGGGUGGAUGGCAGUGGGCGCCACUCCUUUCCUGCUGUCCUGCGGAGCCACACGGAGCCACUGGGCCUGGCUGUGUUCGAGAGCCGGUUCUUCUGGACCGAUGGCACAGAGCUGGUGUCGGCCACCCAGGCCUCUCCCCAGGAGCAUGCGGUGUUGCUCCGUGCCUCCAUUUCGGCCUUCACUGUGCUGCAUGAGCUGCAGCAGCCUCCUCGGGACACUGCUGCGUGUGCUCCAGGCCUGUGCAGUCACCUUUGCCUCCUGUCCCCUGUGCACCCACGAGGCUACAAGUGUGCAUGUCCAGAAGGCCUCUUUCUCCUGCCCUCAGGGAAGUGUGCAGAGCUGUCCAUCGUGUAUGCAUCAGGGAAGGCCAUCUCCCUGGUGCAGGUUGGUCCAGGAGCACACAGCAAACGGGUACAGGAGUGGCAGGAGACCCUCCACCUGCAGGAUGUAGACUGGCAGAGGUCUGUGCUCUAUGGGACAGAUGACCAUGGGGCACUGCUGCGUGUUGUGGGGUACCCUGGUAGGAGAGAGGUCAUUGCAACUGGGCUGCCAGUCUGCUCCGCCCGCGUGGACAUCCGCUCAGGGGACCUGUACUGGCUUGCCUGUAACCAGAGGGACAUCGGGGUGAUCCAGGCAUCUGACAUGUCCCUGCGCAUCCUGCACCGUGCUCGCAGAGGCAUCCAGCACCUCUUCCUGGACUGGCAGCGGGACACUCUGUACUGGCUAGCCCGUGGGCAGCCUCUGCAGCAGCUGAGCCUGGCUGGGGGUGCUCCGCGGGAUGCCUGGAAUGAGACAUGGCCUGGAGACCUGCCUGCAGUUAUGGACAACAAAGCCUUCAGCCUGCUCUGGAGCUCAGCCCUGGGCCUGCAGGCUCUGAGUCUGACCAAGCGGCAAGCAGUCACCCUGGCACCCAGUUGGUCCUACGGCCUGGUGGCUGCCUUCGAGCCAUACCUGGUGUCGGCAAAUGGGACAGCUCUGCUGCUGUGGGACCGGAGGACACUGACCCUUGUGCUGUCCAUGCCAGUAGCAGGCGUGCAGGGAGUAGUGGCCUUCGUGGGCUCGGAGACAUGGGCUGUCCCCCAUCUGUCCUGUCCUCGCACACACGUGGCCUGUCGUGAUGGCACUGAGUGCGUGGCCCAGGAGUACAUGUGUGAUGGGGAAAAGGACUGUGCGGAUGGCUCUGAUGAGGAUGGGUGUGCCCAGCUCUGUGACACCCCAGGCCGACCUGCUCCCUGCCAGAGCCAUGAGUACCCAUGUGGGCUGGGGGCCUGCCUGAAUGCAAACCUGGUGUGUGACGGCCGGCAGGACUGCGCCGACGGCUCAGAUGAGGGGGGAAACUGCUCUGUGCUCUGCCAGCGGUCCUGUGCUCAUCUCUGCUACUCCUCACCCCGGGGCCCUCGGUGCUGGUGUGACCAAGGCUAUCGGCUGGCUGAGGAUGGUCUGUCUUGUGUGGACAUAGAUGAGUGUACAGAGCAGGGAGAAGGACCCUGCAGCCAGACGUGCCUCAAUUCCCCAGGGUCCUACAGCUGUGGCUGUUUCCCUGGCUACCAGUUGGAGCCCGAUGGCCAGAUCUGCAAACUCGCUGGACCAGAGCCCGUGCUGGUGGUGGCCGUGCAGUCAGAGGUGUUGUCCUAUGGCUUGCGGAGUGGGCGUGAGGAGGUGCUGCUGACCGCUGACAAGGAGCGUGUUGUCUUCUCACUUGACUAUGACCUGCUGGAGAGUAAAGUCUACUGGAUGGACCUGGCCACAGAGAGCAUCCGCUGGCAGGGCCUCAACUCUGGCAAGAAAGGCACACUGGUGAAAGGUGUGAGAUCAGACUGUAUAGCAGUGGACUGGCUUGGGAGGAACCUGUACUGGACAGAUGGAGCAGGAGGGCAGGUGUUGGCCACUCGCCUGGGGACUGCCUGGCGAGGGAUACCAGAGUACACUGUGGUGAUGGAUGGAGACCUGGACCAGCCCCACUCUCUGGUGCUCCAGCCUCUGGCAGGGCUGCUGUACUUGUCAGAGGUGGGCAGCCACCCACAGCUAAUGGAAGCCACCAUGGAUGGGAGCCGGCGACAUGUGCUGCUGGCCCAGGGGCUGGGGUGGCCUACAGCACUGGCCCUUGAUCUCCCCACCUGGAGAAUCUUCUGGAUGGAUGAGAAGCUGGGCAGCAUCGGUUCUGCACGUCUGGAUGGCACCGGUGUAAAGGUCCUGCAGCUGGGCUGGGUCCAGAGCCCCUUUGCAGCAGCUGUGUGUGAGGGGCAGCUCUACUGGUCAGAGAGGAAGGUGUGGUCUGUGCAGCAGGUGGACAAGACUAGUGGCAAGAACAGGACUGUGCUGCUCAAGCGACAUGGGCAGCCCCACGGACUCCAGGUGGUGCACCCCACCCUGCGCCCCAUGGCCCUCAACCCCUGUGCGGAGCGUGGCUGCUCCCACCUCUGCCUUCUGAGCUCCAGGCAAGCUGGGCAGUGCCGGUGCCCCGCCGGGCAGACGCUGGCUGCUGAUGAGACCACCUGCCUGCCCCUCCGCAACUCAGCUUUCGCCCUCCUGUGCGCGGCCAUGGAUGGCACUGGCCGCAGGGCAGUCUGGAAGAGAGCCCGGGCUCCCACCGGCCUGGCCUUCGGAGGUGCUGGCACCCGGCUGUACUGGGCAGACCGCGAAAGAGGCACCAUAAGCAGCAUCGAGCUGGAUGGAUCCCACUACCGGGUGGUGCGGGAGGGGCUGCACGGCCUCUCGUUCUUCACCAUGGGAGAAGGCUUUCUGCUCUGGAGCACGACCUCAGCCAACAGUUCCAGCAAGAUCUGGCACAGCCGGCUGGAGCGGGCUGAGAGCUGGUGGUUCCCGUUGGAGAAGGAGUUGAUAACCAUGAGGAUUUACAGCCAGUUCUUGCAGGAAGGCACCAAUGGCUGUACAAAGAGCAAUGGGGGCUGUGCCCAGCUCUGCCUGCCCAACCCUGCUGGACGCCUGUGUCGCUGCUCCCCUGGCUACCACCUGGUGCGUGGGGUGGAAUGCAAAGUGGCGCUGCCCUGCCCAGCCCCGCUCAAGGCCUGCCGUGACCUCCAGAGCUGCAUCUCCAGAGAGCAGGUCUGUGAUGGACACCCUGACUGCAUCGACGGCUCCGACGAGUCUGACUGCCCCUCCAUGGAGGUGAGGACACAGAUCCCCAUGGCAGCACCAUCAGGGAUGUCCCACGUGGAAGAGGAGAAACCAGCCAUACCCACACCUGCACCAAAGCCUCGGCAGCCCGGUCCCAGUCUGCCUACUGCCCCUGGCCCCCAAGAGCAGGGAGAGCCCUUUCUGGCAUCCCCUAGCACCGAGGAGGUUCUGGGGGCAAUACCGUGCAGCAGUGAGACGUGUAACCUGCGUGGGGACUGUGCCAUCGAGGCUGGGCGGGUGACGUGUCACUGCGCCCUGGGCUAUCGUGGUGAUUACUGCGAGGAGGCAGAGGUGCAGCCUGUGGCAGGACCCAUUGCCCUGGGGGUGGCUGUGCUGCUGCUGCUGGCUGCUGCUGCCGUGGGGGCCCUGGCUUACAUGCGGAGGCGGGACAGGCGGAGGAGGACCUCAAGUACUGCCUCUACCCGGGUGCUGACCUUGUACCACCGUGAAAGCGACCCUGAAGAAGAGGAUGAGGAAGAGGAAGAGCUUCCCCCCAAGACUGAUACCUUUGUGAAUGAAGCUUAUGAUGGGAAAGAGUGGCUGUACUUAAGGAAGGAGAAACCUCUUACAAGAGCUUAUUUUGACCGUGGGGGAAAAGUCCUUGAGGAAGGUGCUAUAAAAGCCACCUGUCCCAUUGUUUAG